UCAUGUGGUUCAUCUUUUGUCAAGCAUUCCAGUCAGAUAUACCAUUCCCUACUUCUCUUUCUUCUUUCUUCUUAUUCUCUUUGAAAUAACAGCUUCAUUGGUCUAUUUUACACUGCAUAUAAAUAUAAUUACCAACCAUGCGUUUAGAAAAGUGCUAUUUCUGCUCAUCCACUUGUUACCCUGGACAUGGUACAAUGUUUGUGCGCAAUGACUCGAAGACAUUUCGCUUCUGCAGGUCAAAAUGCCACAAGAACUUCAAGAUGAAGCGUAACCCUCGUAAGGUCCGCUGGACUAAAGCCUUCCGCAAGGCUGCGGGCAAGGAGAUGACUAUCGACUCUACAUUCCAGUUCGAGAAGCGUCGCAAUAUUCCUGUUAGAUACGACCGAGAUCUCAUGGCAACCACCAUCAAAGCCCUCAAACGCUCACAAGAAAUCAAGGCCAAGCGCGAGCGUGUGUUCUACAAGAGCAGGAUGUCAGGCAACAAGCUGCGCCAGAAGGCCGAAAACCAGGCAUUGGUCCAGAAGCACAUCCAUCUUGUCGACACACCUGCCAUCAAGAACUUGGCUCAGGUCCAAAAGGUCGCUCAGAAGAGCAAGCUCAUGGAUGUCGAUAUGUCAUAAAAUUGAUGUCGAUUGUAUCUCUUUAACACAUUUCGCUGUAUUCAUGUUUUAGCAUCAUCACUAUAUCAUAAAUAAAUAAUACAAUAUUGGAUAUUUUGAACCCUG